AUGCCAAAAAUACAAAAAAGAGGUGUUAAUAAGUUAAGUGCAGCAAUUAGAUCGUCAGAUUCUAGUAGCUUGGUCAGGUAUCAAAAAACAGCAGAAUCAAAAUCAACAACAAAUAAUGACGCAUUAUUGACUUCAAAAUGGUUGGAACGAAAAAAAUUAGACGAAUUAGGAAUUAAAUAUAAGAAAGGUAUAUAUACUAUGGAAGAGGAUGAAGUAUUACAUGCGGCAUUAAAUAAAUAUAAAAUUUUAAUAUAUGGAACUACACCAGCUGAGCAUAAAGGUUUCUGGCGUGAAAUUGUAGCAAUUCAUGGUAAAGAUUGGACAACAAUUGGAUCAGAGUUGGGACGUAUGGGCACUCAAUGUCGUGACCGAUGGAGAGAUUAUGGUUCUAUUAGUAAUCUAAAUCCCAGAAAAGGUGAAUGGACUAAAGAAGAAGAAGAUCAAUUAAAACUUAUUGUUACUGAUAUUGUAACAAGAUAUAAAGAUGAAAUAACAUUAGAUUAUGGAAUACCAUGGGAUAUAGUUUCAGAAAGAAUGGGGAAAAAACGAUCUCCUAAGCAAUGUCGUGAAAAAUGGACACAAGUAUACUUACAUGAGAGGUGGCGUCGAUUAAAAUAUACAAUUAAAGAUUUUUCAUCCAAAACCUUUACUGAAAUUGUUUGUGAACUUUAUAAUAGGUUUCAGAAGUCUCCACCACAACGAAAGUAUAAAUCACCAGAAAUAAUUGAAGACUCUGAUGAUGAAUUAGGGAUAGUAAAUGAAUGA